UGCGGGGGGUUGCAUAGGAAAAGAGGGGGUUCCGGGUGGUGGCCAUUGUGCGGGGGUCAGCUGCAGGGUUGGGGUUGUCAAGGUGAGGGUUCCCCGGGAGCUGAGCGCAAAGCCCCACCGGGGGUCACUGUUUAACGGGGAGCCCCCCCGGGGGUCCGUGUGCCCGUCCCGCUGGGGGGUGCUCAGCAGAGCCGCCCCACGCAGGAAUUGCUGGGGGAUGCGCUUGUAUGGGGGUAGCCAGGCCUCCGCACCCGGACAUGGGUGUCGUGGUCCCGGAGCGGCUGUCACCCCCCCCCGCCCGUCCCGGCGACAGUGAGCGUGGCCUGGGGUCACCCGCUUGCACCCCUGGGCUGGGUGGCUGGUGGCCAAAUACACCCGAAGGGUCCUUCGUGGGGUCCCCACGGCCCCGUCCCCCCUGCGGGGUGGUCGCGGUGAGCGGGUGGGUGGUCCCCCCGGCGGUGCCCCGGGCUGAGUCACCGCAGCACGAGGUGCGUGUUUGGGGAUGGCACGCCGCCCGCGCUGCGGGGGGGUCGGGGAUGCUGGCAGCGGACACCGCCGGGACACCGCUCCGUUCCAGGCUGCUCUUCGGGAUGCUCUACCCUGCCUACGCUUCCUACAAGGCUGUGAGGACCAAAAACAUCCGGGAAUACGUCCGCUGGAUGAUGUACUGGAUCGUCUUCGCGCUCUUCUCGGCCACCGAGACCUUCACUGACCUGCUCAUCUCCUGGUUUCCGUUCUACUACGAGAUGAAGAUGGCUUUUGUCAUCUGGCUGCUCUCCCCCUACACGAGGGGCUCCAGUCUGAUCUACCGUAAAUUUGUGCACCCCACGCUGUCCCGCAAGGAGAAGGAGAUCGACACAUACAUCGUCCAGGCCCGGGAGCGCAGCUACGAGAUGAUGGUGCGAUUCGGCAAGAGGGGCCUCAACCUGGCGGCCACGGCCGCGGUCCAGGCAGCCACCAAGAGCCAAGGCGCGCUGGCUGGGCGGCUCCGCAGCUUCAGCAUGCAGGACCUGCGCUCCAUCCCCGACGAGACCCCCAUGCACUACCAGGACCCCCUGUACCUGGAGGAGCAGGAGAACCGCCGGCAGCUGCUGGCACACAGCACACCCUCGGCUGCCCGGCGGUACGACAGCGAGACGGAGGACGAGGAGUUCUGGUCAGACUCACAGAUUUUUCCGGAGCCAUCGCCCCGCCAGAGCCUGCGGGCAGCGAGGAGGACGGCGCCGAGCAAAGAGGGCUCUUCCCGAAUCCUGCGCAGCCGGAUCAGGAGGAAAGCGGCUCCGCCGGAGCAGGACAGCUAACGCCCCCGGAUGAAACCCGCCACCCGAGUCUUAAUGCCAUUUUGCUGCUGCAGCACCAGGAGGGAGCCAUGGUUUGUGCCCCCCCACAACCAGUCCUGGGGAGGGGGCUUCUCCCCCCGAAUCACACUGUAAAUGCCUUUUCUGACCUCUCCAUCUGCACUGUGCACCUCUGACUGCCCCGUGGAGGGGAGGGCAGCUCGGUCCCCUUCCCAGGUACCGCUGCUGCAGGUCAGCACCGGCACCUCUCCCGUGGGGUCCGAGCCCCCCCAUUCCUCCCACCCCAUGAACACUACAGGCUCUGCUGGCUCCCCUUCCUGCUGCCACGGUGCCUUAGUCCCCACACCCCCAUCCUCCCAGCGAGGGGACAUGCCUUGUACCAUCUGUCCCCUGAAACCAAAGACACAGUCCCUUGGCCAGCACCCCCCAAACUGCAGACUGACCCCUACCCCAUACUUGAAACUGGGGUACCAGUGCCUGACCGUGCCCUGCCCGGCACCACGCGGCUUUUAAUGUUCUCCCAGACAAGGGGGUUUUGUACAUGGAAAAAUAAAUGUUAUUUCAGACUUUCAGAA